AUGGAUGCAACUAGCACAGUUGCUCAAAGGUUGAAAUUUGAAAAAUGGGAAAAAGCUAAUCACAUGGCAUUACUUGUGAUAAAAAGAUCAAUUGGGGAAGCUGUGAGAGGGGGACUGCCUGUGAAUGACAAAGCAAAAAAUUUCCUCGAAGGCAUUGAGGCAAAGUUCAAGGUCUAUGAGAAAAGAGAGAUAGGAAACCUUAUGACAACCUUGACUACUCUGAAAUUUGAUGAAAGUCACACAGUUAGGGAGCACAUGUUGAAAAUGGUUAAUGCAGUGGCAAAGCUCAGUGAUCUUGAAGUGCCUAUUGAUGACUCUUUUGUGGUUCAUAUGGCUCUUAACUCUAUUCCUGAGAGUUAUGAGCAGUUGAAGACAUCCUACAAUGCUUAG